AGUCAGCCUGAGAGAGACACCUUGAAAUGAAGGAUUAGAGGCCAGGAUUCAAGGAUCGAGUUCUGCAGCCAGAAGACGAAGGAAUAGGCCCUGAAGACAUUUCUGCUGAGAGGUCUACCAUGGCCUCUCUUAGCGUCCAACUUGUGGGCUACGUCCUAGGCCUUCUGGGGCUGCUGGGCACAUUGAUUGCCAUGCUGCUUCCUAGCUGGCGUACAAGUUCUUAUGUUGGUGCCAGCAUUGUGACAGCAGUCGGCUUCUCCAAGGGUCUCUGGAUGGAGUGUGCCACACACAGCACAGGCAUUACCCAGUGUGACAUCUACAGCACUCUUCUAGGCCUGCCUGCUGACAUCCAGGCUGCCCAGGCCAUGAUGGUGACAUCUAGUGCAAUCUCUUCACUGGCCUGCAUUAUCUCUGUGGUGGGCAUGAGAUGCACAGUCUUCUGCCAGGAAUCCCGAGCUAAAGACAGAGUGGCAGUAGUGGGUGGAGUCUUCUUCAUUCUUGGAGGCCUCCUGGGCUUCAUCCCUGUUGCCUGGAAUCUUCAUGGGAUCCUGCGGGACUUCUACUCACCACUGGUGCCUGACAGCAUGAAAUUUGAGAUUGGAGAGGCCCUUUACUUGGGCAUUAUUUCCUCCCUGUUCUCCCUGAUAGCUGGAAUCAUCCUCUGCUUUUCCUGCUCAUCCCAGGGAAAUCAUGCCAACUACUAUGAUGGCUACCAGGCCCAGCCUCUUGCCACAAGGAGCUCUCCAAGGCCUAAUCAACCACCCAAAGCCAAGAGUGAGUUCAACUCCUACAGCCUGACAGGGUAUGUCUGAAGAACCUGGGGCCAGGGGGUGGCUGGGUCUGUGAAACCAGGGGACAGUGCCCCCAGGGGCACAGGAGAGGGACAUUGCCACUGGAUCAUGUCAGAAGGUGCUGCUGAGGAUAGACUGACUUUGGCUAUUGGAUGGAGCAAAAGGCAGACAUGGGAGCUGGUAUGGCAGCAUGUAGGCUGAAUUGCCAAGUAUACUCGCCAAGCCAUCCCAUAUCCUUCACCUUUCCCCCCACCCCAAGUACUCAACCUCAAACUCCAAAUCCCACUCCCUACCUUUGACCAGGCCCCAGAGGCUCCUUCCUACAUUUUGGUUUACGUGGAAAUCCAUCCCAAAACCUACUAAUCACAUCCCACUGACUGACCCUCUCUGUGAUCAAAGAUGUCUCUCUGGCUGGCUUUUAGCUCAUUGCUGGGGGAUAGAGAGAAGAAGGAAUGGUGGCUUAUAUGGGCAUCGCUCUAACCUCUUUCUCAAACCUCCUUCCAAAGAAACUGAUUGGUCAGCAAUGAGCCCUGGAGCCUCCAACCCACUCUUGUUAUGACUCCAGAGUGUCCAGGCUGGUUUGUGCAUGAACUGAAAGAAGGCCACCUUAUGGUGUCCAGGGAAUGGAAAGCAACUAGGUUCAGGAUGGGAGGAAAGGAAAGCAGCCUGGAAC